AUGUCGAUAUGUGUCAGCAGCAACGUUUCAACCAAUGGCACUGCCGAUUAUUUUGGAUACUCUGUUCCAAUUUACUUUAUGAUAAUUAUUGCAAUUAUUGGGAUUUCUGCAAAUUUAACGGUGAUUAUUGUGUUUAUCAACUGUAAGAUUCAUCGUAGAUCAUUCAAUUAUCUCCUGGUGCUUCAACAAUCCUUUCUCGAUAUGCUGGUAUUUUGCUUCUAUCUAUGUGCUUUCUAUUAUCCAGUCCCUAAAAGAAAUAUCGUCUACUGCAAGUUUGGAACACUUCUCUUCUUUUGUUUAUCUGCCUCAACGCUAAACCUAGUCUUUAUUUCUAUUGAGAGGUACAUCGCAGUGGUGCAUCCAUUUAAGCACAGGAUAAGAGUUAACGAGAAGAAGAACACUUUACCAAAGUUAUGUAUUCCACUCGCAGCUGCAUUUCUAAUAACACUUCAGUAUGCGUUCAUACUUGAAGAAGAUCCUGCAGUUCCUGGAGCAUGUACCUUUUGUUACAAAAACGAAGGCUUUCAGAUGCUGUCAGGUACAAUUCUAUUGCUGGCAAAUUGGGUAAUUCCAGUUAGCACUAUGACAUUCUGCUACUAUCAUGUGUAUAUCACACUGAAGAAACAAGCUAAAAUUCGCGCAGAACUAACAAUGCAAGCACAUACAAAGGGUGCUGGUGAUGAAUCAGCUGUUGAGAUAAAUAUUUCACCAUCGCAAGCCAAUCGGAAAGACAAGGCACAUGAUGCUCAACGAAAUUUCAUCAUUACUAUGUCCGUUAACACACUGGUCUAUUUCACCUGUGUUACUCCUGGGAUCUUGUUUUAUGUUAUUUACACAAUAUGCGAAUGUUUUGAUGUUAUUAAUCAUUUUUUUCGCAACUAUGUCUUUUUGAUUUUGUAUAUCAACAAUGCAGCUAAUCCGAUUGUUUACGCCAUCAUAUUUAAAGACUUUAAAGAAGGAUUCUCAAAGACUCUGUCAUCAGUGUUAGAGACUGUGUUACCUAUCUGUACCACGGGUGCACAAAAAGGAAAUUUAUGA